AUUUUCUUAUUGAUAAUGUUUUCUCAUUAUUACGAAAAUAUUAAAUCGUAUAGUUGGAGUUGAUAUUAGAAAAUGUAUUCGGUGUUUAGUGAAAUUGCGUGAAUGGCGUCUGAGCUAGUGCGGUGUUGUUUAAAGUACUCUCAUCGACUGACUGUCGUGUGACGAAAUUUUGUUGAUUUUUGGACAUCGCGUGUGAUUAUUGAGACUUGAUUGAGACAAUGUCUGUGCCUGUGGAAGAUUUUGGAGGCUCGGCGGGUGGUGUAGCGAUCCAAGUGUUUCGUCCAACAUGGGAUGAGUUUAAAGAUUUCAACAAAUACAUUCAAUACAUGGAGUCUAAAGGUGCACACAAGGCAGGGCUCGCGAAAGUAAUACCACCGCCCGAAUGGGUUCCCCGCAAGUCUGGAUACAAUCUGGAGGAGCUGAAUGUGACUAUACCGUCGCCUAUAUGUCAGGUAGUCACUGGCAAGCAAGGUUUAUUUCAACAAAUCAAUAUUCAAAAGAAAUCUAUGACUGUAAAGCAGUUUGCUGUGCUCGCGAACUCCGCGAAGUACUGCACUCCUCGCCACACUAGUAACGAAGAUCUCGAAAGGAAAUACUGGAAAAACGUCACUUAUGUUGCACCAAUUUAUGGUGCAGAUGUCAACGGCAGCAUCACAGAUCCCGAUGUCAAAGAAUGGAACAUAAAUCAUUUGGGAACUAUACUUGACUUUGUGAAUUCUGAUUAUGGCAUAGAAAUAGAUGGUGUUAACACGGCUUACUUGUAUUUCGGUAUGUGGAAGACUACUUUUGCUUGGCAUACUGAAGAUAUGGAUCUGUAUUCCAUAAACUAUUUACAUUUUGGUGAGCCCAAGACUUGGUAUGCGAUACCACCGGAACAUGGCAAAAGAUUUGAGAGAAUCGCUUCUGGUUUCUUCCCUACAUCAGCUAAAACUUGUCAAGCCUUCUUAAGACACAAAAUGACUCUCAUAUCACCACAAAUCUUGAAACAAUACUCUGUUCCUGUGAAUAAAAUAACUCAAGAAGCAGGUGAGAUUAUGAUCACAUUUCCAUAUGGUUACCAUGCCGGCUUCAACCAUGGAUUUAAUUGUGCAGAAUCAACAAACUUUGCUGCACCCAGAUGGGUGGAGUAUGGGAAACGAGCUACCCAGUGCACAUGCAGCAAUGAUAUGGUGAAAAUCUCCAUGGAUACAUUUGUGAAACGAUUCCAGCCAGACCGUUACGAUUUGUGGUUGAAAGGCCAAGAUAUAGGAUGUCACCCAGAGCAACCAGAGAAGAUGGUGCCUGCUCCUCACCCAUCAGGUCAGGAUAUAUUGUGCAAUAAGAAUAACACUGAAUUGCCUGAAUCAUUCAUAGAAGCAGAGGAAGAGAAUUACAAAAAGAAAAAGCGUCAUCCGUUACAUUUGAAGAGAGCAAUGGCAAGCAAAAGUAUUUCAGAAGGUGCCAUUGCUGUUUCGAUUCUGGGACAUGAUGUUAUGGAUGAUGAUGAAAUGACGAUGGCUGAAGGGGACUUAGAUAUGAUGACAUCAAUGAAACGCCCAAACAUGCCGGAGCCUGAUGACACACAACUGGAUGUUUUGGAAGACAUAUGGCUGAAAGGUGAUGAGAUGGAUCCAUCAGAGGCUCAAUUACCUGAUGUUGGAUACAUGGACUCGGAUAAGGAUUCUGAUUAUGAAGAGCCAAAGUCAAAGAAAAACACAAAAACAGUCAGGAAGAAAAGAGAAAGUGUCAAAAAGGAAGGUAAGAGUAAACCUAAAGAAGCAAAAAUUAACAAAGAGGGUGAAGAAGGCGUGACUAAGAAAGUGAAAUCUAAAAAGCUUUCGGAACUUCAACUAGAAGAUAUGGCAGCGUUGGUGUCCAACUGGGAAUCUCCUCCUCACAAAGCAGAAAUGAGCCCGAUGCCAUUAGAAAAGACUGAUAAGACAGAUCCGUUACAAACAACAACUGAAACUGUUGAAACUACACUUGAAUCUGUCGACCAGUCGAACCAAUCCAUUACAGAACUAGAGAAAAAGGAAGUCAAGAAAGAGCCUAAGAAAAGGAAAUCAGAUGCGGAGAAGACGGAAAAGCCCAAGAAGGAAAGGGUUAAGAAGGAGAGGGUUAAGAAAGAGCCCAAGGAACCCAAGCCUCCAAAGCCUCCGAAACCGCCAAAAGAACCGAAACCACCAAAAGAGCCAAGACAACCAAAAGCACCGAAACCACCAAAGGAGCCGAGACCACCAAAAGUACCAAAGGAGCCAAAACCACCAAAAUCUCCAAAAGAACCGAAACCUCCCAAGGAAAAGAAAGAAGGUGAAAUUAAAGAGAAGAAACCACGUAAACCUCGUUCGCCCAAGAAACAUCCAGACUUUGCAUACAGCACUCCCAUAGAACCUAUUGUAAGAAAAGACUACGGCAUUAACAAUUCCUACAAUGCACUAAAACAGAGAGAGUCUUCUUCUCCACUACCAACUUCAUCAUCAACAGUAACCUCCAAAGGAAUUUCAACGUAUCAAUCGCCAUCAAUCCUAAAGACUGCAAUGUACAAACCACAGAAUCCCGUCCACACAAUGCAACAGUCUAAACCGCACUCUAGCCUAUUAUUGGACAAUAACUUAAGGGUACCUGUCAUAGUUCCACCUAUCAACAAAAACCCCAGCGCUUUCCAAGGCGAAUUCCACAAGUUCAUGUCAAGAGGCAACAGUAUAUUGCCAGCAACAAACGAGCCCAAACGCUAUUGUCAUAAAAAGCCAGCAGCAAGCAAAAAAGUAAUUGUUGAACCCGUAGAGCCAUCUCCACCGGUACAGCUACCACCACCAGUACAGCCACCACAAACACCUCAUAACGUUCCUAGUCAACAAACACAAGAUUGGCCUAUGCCUGUAGGUCAGUACAAUGACAAUAUAUUCCUGAACUCUCCACUCGAUUAUAGAACGUAUCAACAAAGGAAGCCCGCAGAGCAUGGAUUCCAAGACCAGCCUAGACCGUGGAGAGGUCAGUCCGGUUAUUACGAACCACAGCCCUACCAAGACGUCUCCAUGUUCGAUCACACAAACACAAACGAUUACUACAGAAGUCCAUACCAAUCGCCAUGGUAUGGAUACCAGAAAUAAAAACAGUAUUUCAUAAGAUUAUAGUUGUAGGUAAUUUAAAUAAUAAUUAUAAAUAGGUCUAAUUUGUGAGGGAAUAAGAUUUAUAUUAAUAGCACUUGUGGAG